AUGUUUCAUUGGGUAAAAGGAGUUCCAUUUGAUUUUAACUCUGGUGCUUAUGAUGGAUUAACUUUGUGGGAACAGAUUGAUAAUGGAGCACAAUAUACACCAGCCAAAAAAUAUUUGACAGCUAAAAAUGGAAUUUGA